UUCAUCACUUCACAUUCACUAGCUUCAUCUCAAAAUAAAAAUCAGUUCUCCAGUUAUAUAGCUUUUCCUCAAGAUGUCCGCCGAAGUUGAGGAGCUGCUCAAACGCUAUCAGAGUUUCCCGAAUGUGGUUGGUGUUAUUAUUUUGGACCCCUUCGCCAUACCCAUCAAGACGACCAUGGAGUACACACUGACGGUGCACUACGCGGGAUUGAUCAGCACCCUGACCUACAAGGCGGCCAAGAUGGUGACCAAUUUGGAUGCCAGCAACGAGUUGACGGGCCUGCGUCUGCGCACCAAGGUGCACGAGGUGAUCGUCCUGCCCUCCGAGAACUACAUAAUCAUUGUGGUGCAGACUCCGGGCACUUGAUCUGUAUGCCCUGUAUCCCCUGACUUGGCUAUGCCCUCCAAUAAACCAUAUACUCUUGUGUUGGCCCAAAUGCAA